AUGAAUACAAAAGAGGUGAAGAUCAUUAACCAGGGCCUGGAGGAUGAGAUGGAGGUGUGGGGCUACCAGCCCUGUCUGUGGAAGAUGAUCCUGGUGGGCGUCGGUGCUGUGUGCACCGGGGGCCUCCUGCUGCUGCUGCUCUACUGGCUGCCUGAGUGGGGCGUCAAGGGCACCUGCACACACACCUCGCUGAGGGACGCGCACACACUGCUGCUGAGGUCCACGGAUGAGUUCAAGCAGUGGUUUCGAGCCAAAGUACAGGUGAUGUCGGCUCCUGGGAGGAAACCCUUCGACAGCUUGGAUCUGCCGCCCACGGCUCAGCUGCCGAAUGGAGACGGAGACCUCAGCAUCGGCGCUGUGCACGAGGAGCGUCGUGGGAAAUUUGCCCACGGACAGCCUGCUCAGAUCUACUACUUCACCCACCACGACACUACAUACUACUGGAAUGACCUGAUGCAGAACUUUGAAUUUUAUAAAGGCCUGGAGGAUUUGAAGUUGAGCUGUGCAAGCAUCCACUCUGACCACAGCUGUGGCCUGUCUAAAACACUGCAGGAAUACAGGGCGCUGUUUUUCGGGGAGAAUAUGAUUGCUGUAGAGGUGCCCUCUCUAUUCAAGCUCCUCAUAAAGGAAGUCCUGAAUCCUUUCUACAUCUUCCAGCUCUUCAGCGUUAUUCUCUGGAGUGCUGAGGACUACUACUACUAUGCUACAGCCAUAGUUAUCAUGUCUGUCAUUUCAAUAGCUACCUCACUGUAUACCAUUAAAAAGCAAUACGUGAUGCUGCAUGACAUGGUGGCAGCACACAGCGUGCUCCGCGUCACCGUGUGCAGAGGAAAUAAAGACGUCGAACAGGCCAUGUCGACGGAGCUCGUGCCCGGUGACGUCAUAGUCAUUCCGGCCAACGGGAUGAUCAUGCCCUGCGACGCCGUGCUCAUCCACGGAACCUGCAUCGUUAACGAGAGCAUGCUGACAGGAGAGAGCGUGCCAGUUACCAAGACCGGUCUGCCCAGUUCAGGCGAGGAGGCAGCCAGGCGCUACGACAUGGAGGAGCACAAGAGGUACACCCUGUUCUGUGGUACCAACGUCAUCCAGACCCGCUUCUACACCGGUGAACUGGUGAAGGCAGUUGUGGUCAGAACAGGCUUCAGCACAGAGAAAGGCCAACUCGUGCGCUCCAUCCUCUACCCUAAACCCACAGACUUCAAGCUGUACCGCGACGCUUACCUGUUCUUGUUGUGUCUGGUGGGGGUGGCGGGGAUCGGCUUCGUCUACACCAUCGUCCUCAGCAUCAUGAACAAGGUUCCAGCUAAAACCAUCAUCAUCGAAUCCCUGGACAUCAUCACCAUCACCGUUCCCCCGGCCUUACCGGCGGCCAUGACAGCUGGCAUCGUGUUUGCGCAGCGGCGCCUGAAGCGGAUCGGCAUCUUUUGCAUCAGUCCUCAGAGGAUCAACAUGUGCGGUCAGCUUAACCUGGUUUGCUUUGACAAGACUGGCACUCUGACUGAGGAUGGUUUGGACCUGUGGGGUAUUCAGAGAGCUGAUGAUGGCAGCUUUGCUCCCCCAGAGUCUGAUGCAGCUAAAGAAAGUCUGGUGAACUCUGCCUUUGUGGCCUGCAUGGCCACCUGCCACACGCUGACCAAGAUAGAGGGCGAGCUCUCCGGAGACCCUUUAGACCUCAAGAUGUUUGGCGCUACAGGCUGGAUCCUGGAGGAGCCCACAGAGGAAGAGACUGCACUCCACAAUCCCAUAAUGCCCACAGUGGUGCGACCGCCAAAGCACACCGUCCCCGAGGCCAAUCAGAACAACCCACUGACUGAGAACAUGCGUGUGCCUUUUGCUCCUCAGUGCUGUGAGAUCGGCAUCGUGCGUCAGUUCCCCUUCUCCUCGGCCCUGCAGAGGAUGAGCGUGGUGGUCCGGAGGCUGGGGGAGAAACACAUGGACGCUUACUUGAAAGGAGCGCCGGAGGUCGUGGCCAGACUCUGCAAGCAGCACACAGUCCCACAGAGCUUCACAGAGACUCUGGGGACCUACACCAGGCAGGGCUUCAGGGUUAUUGCCCUGGCACAUCGACAGCUGGAGUCCAAACUCUCCUGGCACAAAGUCCAGAGCCUCAGCAGGGACCUGAUAGAAACCAACAUGGAGUUUGUUGGUUUGAUCAUCAUGCAGAACAAAAUUAAAGAGGAGACUGCCGGGGUUUUGCUUCAGCUGCGACAAGCCAACAUCCGCACUUUGAUGGUCACAGGUGACAAUAUGUUGACGGCGAUAUCGGUGGCUCGAGAUUGCGGGAUGGUCCGUGCCCAUGAGAGGGUCAUCGUAGCAGACGCUGUGCCUCCUAAGGAUCUGCAUCCUGCUAGCAUCACAUGGCACUACACUGAAAACACGGCCCAGACCAUCAAAGACACUCAGGUGAGACAGAAAGCCUCAGAGCCAGAGGAACGAAUAAAUCAACUAGAACAUGAUGAGCCAGGUACUCAGCAGGAACAAAGCUAUCACUUUGCUGUGGAUGGCAGAGCCUUUGCUGUCAUCACUGAGCACUUCCCUCAGCUCGUCCAGAAGCUCGUGCUGAACGCCACCGUCUUCGCCCGCAUGGCUCCAGACCAGAAGACUCAGCUGGUGGAGAUCCUGCAGAGCAUCGACUACACUGUUGGAAUGUGUGGUGAUGGCGCCAAUGACUGUGGAGCUUUGAAGAGGGCUCACAGUGGGAUCUCCCUGUCUGAGCUGGAGGCCUCCGUUGCUUCACCCUUCACCUCCUCCACCCCGAACAUCUGCUGUGUCCCCAACCUUAUCAGGGAGGGCCGAGCUGCCCUCAUCACAUCAUUCUGCGUCUUCAAGUUCAUGGCUCUGUACAGCAUCAUCCAGUACCUCAGCGUCACGCUGCUCUACUCGAUUCUCAGCAACCUGGGAGACUUCCAGUUCCUCUUCAUUGACAUCGCCAUCAUCCUCAUCACUGUCUUCACGAUGAGUCUGAACCCGGCGUGGAAGGAGCUGGUGUGGCGUCGCCCGCCCUCCAGCCUGAUCUCCGGCCCGCUGCUCUGCUCGGUUCUGACCCAGAUCCUCACCAGCCUGGCCUUCCAGGUCCUGGCUUUCCUCUUAGUCCGACAGCAGAGCUGGUACGAGACGUGGACGCCUCAGUCAGACGCCUGCAACGUUUCCAGCUUCAGUUUCUCUAACAGCUCGAACACAACAACAACCCCUCAGGACCCCAAAAACAUCAGGAACUACGAGAACACCACCCUCUUCUACAUCUCCGCCUUCCAGUAUUUGGCCGUGGCCAUCGUUUUCUCCAAGGGGAAGCCCUUCAGGCAGCCAAGCUACAAGAACUGCCCGUUCAUGCUGUCCUGCAUUGUUCUGUAUACCUUCCUCCUCUUCAUCAUGCUGCAUCCUGUUCCCGCCAUCGAGAACUUCCUGGAGAUCGUGUGUGUUCCCCACGACUGGCGCGUCACACUGGUCAUCAUCGUCAUAGUGAAUGCGGCUGUGGCUUUCAUACUGGAGAUUGUGAUCGUUGACAUCGUCUUGUGGAAGCUAAUUUUCAGAGGCAAUCAGGGGGUAAAUCGCCCCACAGAGUCGCCCUCUGCUGACACACCUCAGGUGGCCAAUGGCCGCUGGGCCUCGUCCUUCCUCUCCUGGUUUUUCUGUCGGAGAAACAAGCCACCAAGAGUGCGCUACAUGCGCCUGGCCCUGGAGCUGCAGGACGACACCGACUGGCCCCCCAGGCCCUCCGUUGUGACCUACGCCAGUGAUCCGCAAUCCCACAACUCUACCCCCCUCUGACACCAACAAGCAAACUGCUCCACAGACUAAACCUAAGACCCCCGACAAGCCUUAAUUUUCACUGAGCCUGGCCUCAGCUCAGACCUGCUUGAUGCCAGCGACCAAUCCAGGAGCCUCAUGAAGCCGAGGCUGCUACUGCAACGACACUGUGAGCUGCUCAUACAAAAGUUCUCUUCUAUUUUGAUUCACGCUGGACUUGGACUUGAACCGUACUGUCGUGCCACACAGCUGAAACUUGAGCCACGGGCCUCUGUUAAAGGGAUUGCUAAUAAAUGAAUAAUACACUUAUUCACUCGAUUGCCGAGAGUUAGACAAGAAAGUUGAUACCAUUUUCAUAUCUGUACGGUCAAUAUGAAGGUAGUGACAGCUGUCAGUUGGCUUAGCUUAGCACAAAGACUGGGAACAGGAGCAGGUCUGGCUCUGCCCAAAGGUAAAAAUCUUCUAAAGCUCACUAGUUAACACGUUUAAUCUGAUUUGGUUUAAUCCGUUCUUAAACCAAAGUGUAAUAGUGACACAUGGUGGUUUUGCCUGGUGACCUCAGACUCCAUGCUAACUGUUUCCAGUCUUUAUGCUAAGCUAAGCUAACCAACAGAGUCCAGCCCUCAGCAAGAAAGCGAAUAAGUGCAUUUCCCAGAAUGUGAAACCAUUCCUUUCAGAUGUCUUACACAAUGCAACUACUACACUGGACACUGGGGAUGGUCUCGUCAUUGUUUUUAUUAUCUGCUCCAGUAUUUGAAAAAUCUGAACCAUGAGGUGCAUUUUUUUCUUCACACCGAACAAAAGAGCAGAUACAUCAAACAGGCACGGUGCAGUCAGGUCUGAGCCUGAGAACACUGGACUAAUCUUCCUGCUUCACUGUGAGUAAAAGCAGACCCUCUUCCGUUAAGAUUAGCCGCUGCCUAAAUCUUGAACUUGUGAAACAUUAUUGGGUCACAUGAUUUCAUAGACACCCGAGAGAUUUGUGCCUUUUUGCAGUUUUGUGAACAUAACUGGUACUGUUGUAUUUCCAAGGCGGGAAACAUUCCACUGCUGCAUUUCUGUCGCUUCGGUUCAAAUUCUUCCCGUGGAAGAGAGAGGCAGAAGUUUCUGUGUCCCUUUUUAAAAAUUUUAUGGUGUGUGCGUGUGCGUGCGUGUGUGAGAGAGAGAGAGCGUGUUUGUUACCCAGAGAAUCCAAAUGAACCAUUUCUGUGUCCCUUGAAUGCAUCAUGAAAUCCUCAUGCUCUUUUUCUCAAAACGUCUUUCUUUUUGGAACUGAAUGUUUGAAAGGAAGAAUAAUUUCGCCACUUAACAUCACUAAGGUACUGUACACAACUGAUAACUUAAUGUUUUAAUUAAAUAGCGAAAGUUAUUAAUCAAAACGAAUCAAUGAGACACUUGCUGCUGUGCCAAUUUUAUAACCAUUGAUUUUAAUGUUUGAUUUUUAUGUAAUAUUGUGAUGUAACUGUUUACGGUUGUUAUAUACAUAUUUCCCUAGUCAAGGUUAAAAAUGAAAUAAAUGUGAAGAAUAUGAGAAUUAGCCAUCUAAAUCUCCCCUUUUUGACAACAAAAAAAAUUUAAGGGAAUGUGCUUUUGAAAAUUGUAUUAUUGUGUUUGUACUUAUUUUCUUAUUUCUACAAUGUGACAAAA